UACAGGUAUCCACUGACCAAUGAGCUGGUAGGGCCCGCCGGGGGGCGGGGCUAGGCACAGCCCAUGAGGACCAGAGAUGACAGUGUCGAGGCAACUGGGAGCCCAAAGCGGAGCCAAAAUGGGGUCACCUGGGGUUGGAGCCGGGGCGCGGACCCGAACCCGAGAGGUGUUUCCACCUCAAGAUUCUUCAGAUUCUGAGCCAGAAACAGAGAGAGUUGGUGGUAUCACUCAGCCCAGGACAGAUGAGCAGCUGGAUUUUCUCCAGGCAGGCAAGGAGAUGGCAGCUGCCUCAGGCGCAGCUGAGGGGUAUUAUGACACACUGCAGGCACUCAAGAUGAAAAACAGACAGUAUCUAUUAGAACUGGGCUUGCUCUACCAGGUAAAAUUGGAGAGUGACCAGAAACCCUUCAAGGAGGAACUGGAAGACUUCUUCCAAGACAACGGGCGAUUGACUCUGCAGGGCAAGCCCUAUGAGGCUUCAAGAUCUAGUAUCAUAAGCCAGUCCAGUUCUUUAACUGACCUAAACUUGGACAGUCCUUGGGAUCAGAAAAAUCCUCUUUCACUUCCUCAGUCCCACCUGAGGCCAAAGACUGCUGCAUCUGCCUGGGUCUCUACUAUCACCAUCCCCAAGCCCUUCAAGAUGACUUUGCGUGAGGCUCAUAAAAAGCCCCAGUUGAUGAAAUCACGUGCAUCCCUUGAGAUGGAGAAACAAAGGGACAAAAGACAAAGUCAGGAGGAGGCAGAGUGCCAGAAGCAGUUCCGGGCACAGCCGGUGCCUGCCCAUGUCUACUUGCCACUCUACCAGGAAAUAAUGGAGCAGAAUGAGAUUCGCAGGGAGGUGGCAACACAGAAGAGAAAAGAGUUGCUCCUUUCCACUCAGCGACCCUUCAGCUUCCUGGAGAAGGAGGACAAGAAAAAGGAGGCCAUCAGACAGAAGGUCUUGGCAGCCCUGGCUCCAGUUGAGAACUCCAAACCAAAAGGCAGCAAGACAGUCCCUAAAUCCAUCUAUAACCCAGUUCUUGGGGAUAAACUCAAAGAAGCUGAACUCUACAGGAAAAUCCGCAUUCAGAUGAGAGCCAAGGAUUUGUUGGAAAACUCCUCGGCUCCUAUUGAUCCUAGCAACAGACAAAGAGAGCCACAGUCCCGAAUCGCCACCAAAACCAAACAAGAAAAACUCAGCUUCCUGCAAGACAACUUCAGCUUUAAACCAAGAAUUAACCCAGCGGUGCCUGAUUUUGAAAGACUUUACUGGGUGUUUCAGAGAGAAGCAAUAAGGAUACGAGAAGUCAAAGAGCCAACUCGUAAUCAACCAUUUAAACUGAGAACCUCCAAUCUCCACUGCAGUCAGAGACAGGCUAAUGAGCAGAAAAUGAAGCAGCCUUCCAAGGCUCCAGUGCAAAGAAGUUGUUCUCUGACUGGUCUCUCCUCUCUCUCUUGCAACACCCUUCCAGUGUACAUUACAGAUGCAACAAGAAAGAGGGAAUCAGCGAUGAGAUACUCCCAGGAAGACAAAAAGAGCAGGGAAAAUGAAGGAAUUCAUUGGAUGGAGAUACAGAGAAAAAAAUGUCAGGCUAUGCAUAAAUCUAUGAGCAGUCGAGCAAAAGCAAUGGAUCCUCAUAAAAGCCUGAAGGAGACGCACAAGGAGAAGAUGAAACAGAACUGGCAGAAUGACCGCAAAAGAACAAAGGAGUACAAAAAAGAACUGGAAGAAAUGCAGAUACGAGUCAAGAACCGACCAUAUCUCUUCGAACAGGUCACAAAGCAUGAUGCCCGGCAAGAGGCAGAGCGACACUACCAGGACACCCUUUGUCAGGUGGGGCUGAAUGAGGAAUUUGUAAGGAACAAAGGGAGAGAUGCUACUGACCUACCAAAGGAGGAAGAGACUGAAACUCACAGAGCGCAGGAGUUUCAGAGGGACACAGACAUUGGCACGAUACAGGAAGAAGUCUUAGGAAGAGCAGAGAACAAAGAAAAUGACAACAUAAGAAUCCUGCACAAGACUCAGUGGACCUACUUUCAAUUAUUUCCUUUAGUCCAAGAUGCUUGAAAGCAGCAGUUCUAAACUUUUUACUUGCAUGACCCCAUUUUCAGACUUAUUGCUUCCUGUGACCUGACAGCAUGGAGGAUGCCAUUUUGUAGAGCAAGCAUGAUCUCACACACACUGUACAUGCAAGGUCACGCUGUGUGGAGCAAAGUGGCAUCCUCCACACACUCAGGAGCACCGUAAACACAUCCACUGAUGACAUGACUGCAGUCCCAUCUGCCGACGGCACAAUCCCACUUGGGGUCACGAUCCAUAGUUUGGGAACCAGCGUUCUAGAGUUUCAACAGUAGAACCUCAGAGUUAUGAACACCUUGGAAAUGGAGGUUAUUUAUAACUCUGAAACGUUCGUAACUGAACAAAACAUGGUUGUUCUUUCAGAAGUUUACAACUGAACAUUGACUUAAUACAGCUUUGAAACUUUACUAUGCAGAAGAAAAAUGCUGCUUUCCCUUUUUUUUAGUAGUUUGCUUUUAACACAGCACUGUACUGUAUUUGCUUUUUUUCCCCUUCUUUCCCCUCCCAUCUCUGAUGCUGCCUAAUUGUGUACUUCUGGUUCCAAAUAAGGUUUGCAGUUGGUCAGUUUCUAACUCAGAUUCUACUGUAUUUUCAAGUGACUGACUUAAGAGAAAGUUGCUGUGGUUUGGAUGACAUAGGAAGACUACACACAGGAGCAAGAAGGUGAGGAAUGACUCUUGCCUAGAACACUUCUUGCCCCUCUCCCUGGUCUCCUCCUAAAUCCCUCAAAAGUGUUCCCCAACUGACUCAUUUCCCUGUCCCUUAUUCUGGUUUUCAGGUUUAGAACCAACAGUGAGACUGCGUGAAGCAGGGAGAGAGGAGGGUGAUGGGUUGGGGCACUAUUGCUGAAAAAGAGAGGUAGACCUGAAGGCAUGUACGCUUGCGUUCACUUCCUUUGUACUCAAAAGACUCUGAAUGGAAAGGGAAAAUUUAAUAGAUUUUAAAAUUUUGCUCUGAAGCUGUCCCUUGUUUUUGAUGUUGAUUUCUGUUGAUGUUUCAUGUUGCAUAUGUAUGUUGAAGUGGAUUUUAAGUAAGAUAUUUGUACAGAAUAAUAGGUUUCUGGAUUUGAAUUCCCCUGGGGAGAAGACUUGAAAAGAAGCUCUUCUCUAGCAUCUUGCCUCUGCACCAGCUGAACAGCAGCUCUGCUCCUCUCCUAUUGUUAUGGAGACACGGUCUUGCCAUAAAAGUUGCAACCACUUUCCAUAAUAAAGCUCUAUUUUAGCCCCUUGUAACUUUGGCUCAGAUCAUGAGUUCGGCAUGAUUUACUGUAAAGGGUGUCAGUGCAAGGUUUGAGGAAAUUCGUCACAUUUUGAGCUCCCUGUAAUUAAAAAGCUAUCCAAAUCUGAAGUUUGGGCUCCUGUCCAAUGUUGUUCUCUCCUAGCUCAAAAUCAGUUUUUUUAAAACCCCUUAAAGCUCCCUGAAGUCAUGUCCUGCCUAUAUGCUGUAAUUAAGCAAAGUUCCUAGAAAUGUAGGGCUGGAAGGGAACUUGAGAGCUCUUCUAAUCCAACUCCUUGUGCUGAGACAGGACCAAGUAUACCUAGACCAUCCCUGACAGAUGUUUUCUAACCUGUUCUUAAAAACCUCCAAUGGCAGGGAUUCCACCACCUACGUUGGGGGCCUGUUCCAGGGCUUAACUAUCCUUAUAAUUAAAAAGUUUUUCCCAAUAUUUAACAAAUUUCCCUUGCUGAUUACUUCUUGUCCUAUUUUCCCAGAACAUGGAGAACAAUUGAUCACCAUCCUCUUCAUCACAGCCCUUAAGAUUUUAAACAGUGUUAAAAUAUGGGGGGACCUGACACGAGUAUCAAAUGGUCUUUUCUCAAAACUAAAUACAUCCAAUUUUUUAUCCUUUCCUCGUAAGUCAGAUUUUCUAAACCUUUUAUCAUUGUUGUUGCUCUUCUUGGGACUUUCCAAUCUGUCCACAUCUUUCUUAAAGUGUGCCACCCAGAACUGUCAAAUAGAGCAGGACACUUACUUCCCCCUUCUUACAUACGACAUUGCAGUUAAUGCAACCCAGACUGAUAUCUUUUUUUGUAACUGCAUCAUAUUGUUAGCUCACUUUGUGAUCCACCUCUACUCUCCCCUGCCCUGAUCCUUCUCAGCAGUAUUACCACCUAGCAGUUAUUUCCCCUUUUGUAGGAAGAAAAAAUUAAAUGCACCCCUAAGUGUAGUACUCUUCACUUGUCUUUAUCGAAUGUUAUGUUGAUUUCAGACCAAUUCUCCAAUUUGUCACAGUUGUUUUGAAUUCUAACUGUCCUCCAAAGCGUUUACACCCCCCCAACUUGGUGUCAUUUGCAAAUUUUUAUAAACAUAUUCUCCACUUCGUGAUGCAAGUUAUUAAUGAAAACAUUGAAUUUUACCAGCCCCAGAAUGGACCCCCAACAGAACUCCCCUCAGGUGUGUCCCCAGAGUUUCACAGUCAACCACUGAUUACUACUCUGAGUACAGUCUUUCAACCAGUUUUGCACCCACCUUACAAUAAUUUCAUUUUUUUUUCCAAUUUCAAAUUUUACAAAGCCCACAUUUCCCUAGUUUGCUUUUUUGUUGUGGAUGGUUUUGGGACCAGUUCUACUACUGAUAUCAGUGGCUGUUAGGGGACCAAGCCUGUACCCAUUAACAUUACUGGGAGCUUUUUCUACAUGGAUUUCAGUGGGACCAGGCACUAUAUAUGAGUAUGUCCACUGCACUGCCUGGCUGCAUCUUAAAUGAUAUAAAGGGUAUUUCUAUAGCUGACAGCAAAUAGAGAUCUUCCCUCAGAUAACAGCGGGGGUGGGAGGGUCUGUGUUUUUAGGGGUAAGUCUCAUUGACAAUUAGAAUAUUUUCUGAAAAUGUGCAUUAUGUCAAAGUGCUUUGAGAUUAAAAGAUGGCUCCUUUUUAAUUUUUUUGCAAGAUGUCUGUUUCUUUGUACCACCCUAUCCUUACUCUCUGUUCUCUCUGCAUACCCUUCAACUUGGAAAAAAAAGAAGGUAGGCAUAGGAGUUGGCACUUUCCUUUCCACCAGCUGAGCCAGUGCCCCAACUUGAGUUGACACACCAGUGCUGCAGGGUAGCAGUCCUUCUCAUUGGCUGAGUCUCAAUAGAAUUUAAGCUUUCAUUUAAAACAAAAAUUAAGUUUUCUAGCCUCUCUGGUUGAAGCACCUUCUAAAUGUGGAACCAAUGCAAGUGCUGAGUCUGCAGACAGAGAGAAUGGAACAGUAUCUCUGAGAAUCACAUAUUGUCCCUUCACUACAGCAAAGGUCCCUACCUACAAAAGAGCCACUGUUGUUCCAUUAAGCAGGGCUACUCUGUGCAGAGAGGUUUCAGGGUGUGAGCAGUCUGGUGGCCAGGGCACUACAUAGGCCAAAUCCUGUCCCAGAGAAGAGUCACAGAGGCCUCUCCUGUUACUACAGCCCAGAAGAAGUAGUGGUGGUGGUGGUGAAGGGACUGUGUUGUCGCUGUGUGCCAUGCCACUAGGUUGGAUGGGAUGGGGAGAACAGAAUUCCUUCCCCACCCCAAAUCAUUUUCUGUGUAAAGCCCAUUUAUACUCAGGCUUGUAGGUGUGUACCUGUGGGUGGCAGGAAGUAGCAUAUCGUCCUAAAGAUGCAAACUUCGACCUUUAUCUCAAUGGGGUGCUAACUCAGAAGUCUAAUAACAAUCAUUUAAAUGUCCACACAGCUAACAGUUUCACCACAGACCAUUAUAACAGAAAGAUCCAGAGUUAGUUGGAUUGAUGGAACAUGAUUAGAGCACCAUUACCUUUGUACUCACCGCAGCUACUAUCUAGCAUGGCUGGCAUGUUUUCAACAGUGACCCUUGCACAUACUGUUUGUGCCACACUUUGGGAGAAAGAUAUACAAAUUAUUACAUUUACAGAAUUUAAAUAAAAACACUUUCUGCCAAACCAAAUCAGAAGCCAAAGAGCGAAACAGGCUGUUUAUUUACAAUACAGUAAACACUUAAUCUUCUACCUCUGAUUUUUAAAUAAAAAAAACUAAACAUACUAAUAAGCAUUUUAGAAAUGAAGAAAUAUGGGGCAAAGCAAGCAGCAGAGCUGGCUCUGAGGUAAUCCUCUAACUUGUGUCUGGCCUCAAACUCUGGGGCAAGGUGGAACUCUAGGGAACAUAUUUUCAUAAAGCAAGGAAGAGUGGUGGAGAAGCUUCUGCUCCUCAAGGAAGAGCCUCAGAUUCUAGUUAGGGUCAGCCUGGAAAUAAACCUUCAAAACUCAGAAGGGAGAAUGGGACUGCAAUGCUCUGAUUUAGAAUCCACAACACCCUAAAUAUUCUCCUCUAAGAAAAGCCCCUAUUAGUUGCUUAAGCAAUACUAAUAAUGCCUUGUAAGUGCUGGAGCUUGUGAACAAACUUCAGCUUCAGGUGAAAGUGGUUUGAUGUUGCAGUGGUGGAAGUGCUGCAUCCCUCCUGAUGGCAGGUUUAGAAAGUCCCACCUGUCAGUCCAACAUGAUUAGUGGCUCCUGAAUUUAGCUUCAGGAAUCUGCUUCAGUAACCAGGAACUCUCAUGUUCUACAUCUCAUAUCCCAUUCUGGGCUGCAGUUUAGUUUUUGUUGCAGCAAGUCAUGAAAAGUAAACUGCCUGCACAGCAUGUACUCUGGAUUCAGGUCCUGCAUCUCUCCUUUAAGAGAUCUGCACACAGAAGUCUGUUCUUUAACUUUACAUCCUGUGUCUUCUCUUACUAUAUCAUUGGUUUCUUCUUCCUUUUGUAACUGUAAAGUCAACACACACAUAGUUCAGAUUAACAUUUAUCUGCAUACAGAGCAUCAUCAGUAUUCUGCACAUAGGACUUGUUUACAUUCUUCCAAAUCACCCACAAUUGUCCUGCUACCCACAAACACCCAACCUGUUCUAAAAAGCUUGCCACAACAUGCAGCCAAAGCAAGCAUCCCUGCUCCCAGGACCAGGUCACCAGCACCUGCCUCCCGGUUUUCAGAAAACUCAUUUUCCUAGGCAGCCAUCUGAAAACUUAUGUUGAACCCCACUCUGAAUUAAAAUUUUAAAGUGUCUGGAAGGAAGAGAGGGAGGAGAAAGAAUGGCAGGAGGAUCAGACUUAAUCUAUAAACCUAUUAAGUAAAAUUGCAACUGAAAAUAAGCCCAAAUUGGAGUAAAAAAAGUGGCAUAAAGUGAGCUUGCUUGAACUGAAUGAAAUUAUUGAUAAAAGAGUCUGACAGUCAGUUUUCAGACUUGUUACAGCAACCUCCCACCAAAAAAAAAAAUUCUUAAAAGGGAUGGAAGUGUCUAUGUGAAAAAUCUAAAGCUUGUUUUGAUUUGACAAGAUUGCUACUCCUUUUUAGGCAGUUCUGGGGAACACUUAAUAACAUAGGAUCAUUUGACUGAAUCAAAGAUAUUCCACCCAGACGACAUCAUUAUCCCCAUGGCUACGUCCUGAGCAACUGCUAAGGUUCCAGCUAUCUCUGUCUGGCAUGUACGUUUCCUCCCAUCUAUUUUAUAUCUUUCUCUUUUUGCCUUCUAUAUAGUAAUAGUUCAGUUUAACCAACCAGAACAGAUUUAAUGUUGCAGUAUUUUGGUGAGAUCUGGUCGGAAAGCUAAAUGCGAUUCCUGAGCAGCCUGUCUUAGUAAAAUUUUGCCAAGGCCCUGGGAUUUCCAGUUGGGUCCUGUACUGUGCUUGUGAUCUUCCAGCAAACGAACUGCAGGUCAGACACACACCCUCUUUUGCUAUUUUUAUUCUCUUGCCUUUGUGUAUGUUUUGGCUUGUCCUAAAGACAAACAGGAUUGGACUUUUAAACAAUUUAAGAACUGAGAACAACCAUCUAAAUUUGAUUCAGUUCAAAUAAGAACAGUUGAUGCCAUUUAAAGAGACUUCAGACAUAGAUCCUCCCUUUAGUUUAAACUACUCCUUACAAAGGGGGAGGUGGGAAGGGGAGAGAAGGGAGAAAAUGGUAUUGCUAAAAUAAACAGCUGAGUUUUAAAUAUUAUACAGCGUACUAUGAAUUUACAUCUUGGCAUUGUAACCAUGAACUCAAGUUAUGCUGUGAGAGUAAAAACAACAAAAUAAGCGACUUAAAAACCAUCUCUGAUCAUCCUAACAAAACGAGCUGUGUUCUCAGGCCAGGAAGGUGUCUUUCUUUUGGUCUACAAAUAUCUUAGAAACAGCAAUGUGAAAAUACAGACUCUUCAUUUUUAUUCUGAAGUUUAGCAGCAACAUUAGAUUUUUUUUUUUAAACUUUAAAGAAGGAAUAAAGGCCUGCUCAACUGACCUGUACAUUUACUGUAGUAAAGCAGACACCCCAUAGGAGUGUCUCCCUGUUGACAUGGUGACCAGGUGAUGAGAUUGUGGCAAAACUACAUCAGGUGCUGAUUGGAGGGCUCCUGGUGUUGCUUCAGCAAGAACCUCUAUGAAUCACAACACAUUUACAGACAGUGGUACCACACAUUUAGAUUGCAAUUUGCAAAUAGACCUAUUUAACUGGAGAUUAAUUUAAGUGCAUCAAAGCACCCUGAGCUCUUCAUGUGACACACCAAACAAACUUGAUUGUGGCCUUCAACAAAAUGACUAAGUUAGGAGGAUGAAGAGAACAUAGCAGGUAUAAUUUAAUUAUAUUAAGUAGUACAUUUAUUUAGACUAUUAAGAGUCAGCCCUAAUAGUGAGAUGUAUUAGCAUAGUCUCUCAAGGUAAAGGAUGAAAGGCCUGUUGCUUGAAACAUUUAAAACAUCUUAGGUUUUAGGAGAACGAGCUGCAGGAACAGUAUUGCAAUGCCUUCCCAGGACAUGGGCUAAAGAAUUAAUCUCUUUUCCAUCUCCAGCUUUAUAAUUCAUUCUCCAUCUACUCAUCCCACUACGUGCACAGUAAAAGCAACACUCAAUCAUCCCUCUGCAUCAUAGUGAGACUGGAGGAAUGACCCUACUUCAGUCACCACAUAUAAGGGGGAGGAAAAAAGAGUAGCUGGUCUCACCCUCCUCUACUCCAAUAAUAGACUCAGUAUCUGGCAGGUGCAGAGACUCCACGCCAAGACGAGGCUGAGAGUUCAUGGAGAUCAGAUUCUUACUAUGCACAGCUGCUUCUUCCAGCAAACUGCUGCCCACCAGCGACUCUGUUAUAAAAACAACGUGCUGUGAACUAUCUAGACUCUGCCUUUGCGGCCCACCACCCACAGAGGAAGGGACUUCUCUGUCUCAUACAGACCCAGCGAAAAUGUCUAUUUUCCAAAGAUACCCACUUCCAUGAAUUCCCACUCUUGGGUCUGUGCUUCCAGCACACCACCAGGUGGGAACUCCCAGAGUUUUAAAAUGUUAAGCCCUUAGAACACCUGCAAUACAAACAGGCAGAGGUGGAUAUAUUAGGUGAAUUACUUAAAUAGGAAGAAUAGGUUCUGCACCCUAAAACAGAGGAGAGGUAUGUAUGAAGGGCAUAAGCUUCCCUUCAAAAGAGAUCAGAUUCAAGAUUUUUCAAAGCAAGGGCCCACCUGCCCCUUGGCUGUCACCCAGAGAUAUCCUCCUAUCCUUUACCCUCGACCUUUCUCACCUACUCCUUUCCCUUCACCUUUCCCAAGAAGGGCUUCCUCCCAUCCAGACAAGAAUUCCUUUCUCCAUCCUUCCCUAAUCUCCUUAGGGAAGGACAACCUGCCUGCCCCCACUGGCCUGUCCUCUCCUAUUCCUGUAAUAACACUCUCUCACCACCACCACCUCCUCCUCCUCCCCCCCAUAUACCCGCUUGUUCACUCAUGUGUCGGAGUACCCCCGUCAUAUGCCCAUCCCAGGGAGGAUGCCUUUCUCUCCUGCACAUUCCUUACCCGGUUGCUCUCGCUCUCUGCUUCCAGCAGCUCCAAUUCUGGAGUGGUGCUUUCUCAUAUGCACAUUCCGGCUACCACUCUGGGAAAAUGUCUUCCCACAGAUAUGGCACUGAUGGGGCUUCACUCCUGGGGGGGGG